GCCCGCCCGCCGGGAGCAGCGGCCGUACCGCCUGCGCCGAGCGCCUCGCGGGAUGCUGCGCUCCACGUCCACCGUCACCCUGCUCGCGGGCGGCGCCGGGGCGCCAGGGAAGCCCAGCAGGAGGACCAAUGUCUGCAGACUGUGGCUGACGGUACCACCUGAGAGCCCAGCUUCUGAGCACAGUGAAAAGAAGACUGAAAGAAAAGAGCAGCAUCCUGACCUAAGCAAUGGAGAACCUCCCAGGAAACUUCCUCAAGGUGUUGUGUACGGUGUGGUGCGAAGAUCCGAUGAAAAUCAGCAGAAAGAAAUGGUGGUGUAUGGGUGGUCCCCCAAUCAGCUGAAAGAAGAGAUGAACUACAUCAAAGACGUGAGAGCCACUCUGGAAGAAGUAAGGAGGCGAGUGUAUGGGGACCAUGAUGAAAUGAGACAGAAGGUUCAGCAGCUCACCCAGCAACUGUCAGUUUCACACGCUCAGCAGGACUAUCUGGAAAAUCACAUCCAGACACAGUCGUCAGCCCUGGAUAGUUUUAACGCCGUGAACUCAGCUUUGGUGUCGGACUCCAUUGGCCUGCAGAAAACGCUUGUGGAUGUUACUUUGGAAAAUAACAACAUUAAGGGUCAGAUCAGAAAUCUGCAGCAGACAUGCCAAGCAUCCAGGGACAAGCUGCAGGAGAAGCAGAGGCAGCUAGAGGCUGCGCAGGCUGAAAACCAGCUUCUGAAAAUGAAGGUGGAAUGGUCCCAGGAAGCCAACGCUGAGGUGAUUCGAGAGAUGACCAGGAGGCUGUACAGCCAGUACGAGGAGCAGCUGCGCGAGAAGCAGCGGAAACACGACGCCUGGAAGGAGGCGCUUCUGGAAGAAACCAAUAGUUUUCUGAAAGCCCUUGAAGAGGCCAACAGAAAGAUGCACGCGACGGAGAUCAGCCUGGAGGAGAAAGACCAGAGGAUCGGGGAGCUGGACAGGCUGAUCGAGCUCAUGGAGAAGGAACGUCAUCAACUGCAACUCCAGCUCCUGGAGCGUGAAGCAGAAAUGUCAGGGGAUAGAACUGAUUCUGACAAGGAAAGUGUCAGGUAUCAGCGGCUGGAGGAGGCCUCCGCCAGCCUCCGGGAGCGGAUCAGACACCUAGAUGACAUGGUGCUUUGCCAGCAGAAGAAAGUCAAGCAGAUGAUUGAGGAGAUUGAAUCGUUAAAGAAAAAGGUGCAGCAGAAACAGCUCUUAAUAUUGCAACUUUUAGAAAAGAUAUCUUUCUUGGAAGGAGAGAAUAAUGAACUCCAAAGCAGGUUGGACUAUUUAAUAGAAACCCAGCCCAAGACCGAUGUGGAAACGAGAGAUGUCGGCGUGGGCUGUGACCUUCUACCCAGCCAGCCAGCCAGGACCCGUGAAAUCACAAUACCUUCCAGGAGCUACACCCCGUACACAAGAGUCCUGGAGUUAAGCAUGAAGAGAACCCUGACCUAGACCCCCGCAUAAGUGCGCUUCUCACAGACGGACGCAGACCCUGAACUCUUCAGGUCUGGAAAGAGUGACCUUUGCUCCCUCACAUACACAGUUAAGCCAGAAUGGAACUUGCUGAGGUUCUGAUCCACUUCCAAGAUACGAGGGAACACGAGGGCGCCGGGGAGGAAGGAGAGAGAGGUGUACGAGGCCGUGUUUCAAACGCUCAAGCAGCACACCCUGCUGUACUGUACGGUCGUUUGUUUCCCGCGCAGACCCUAAAAUCCUGUCAGGAGAAUUCCCUCACAGUUUAUUUUCUGUUUUACUAGACUUUGGUUGGGAGGAAAAAGGACAUUAAUCUGAAAUCCAUGUCAGGAUCAUUUGUUACAGUGUGAAGGUUUUGUUUACCUGUACAAGUAUUAGAGGUGGCAUUUCUCUGGUACAGAGGAGUCCGUCCACAGGAGCGGGGGCCCCUGUGGAAGCGGGGGGCCCCUGUGAAAGCGGGGACACCUGUGGAAGCAGGGGCACCUGUGGAAGCGGGGGCCCCUGUGGAAGUGGGGGGCCCCUGUGAAAGCGGGGGCCCUGUGGAAGCGGGGGGCCACUGUGGAAGCGGGAGCCUGGAAGGGAAGGGCUCCCAGCGCGCGGACGCUGUGCCCCCUGGGGCCCAAGGAUCUGCGCAGGGUUUGUGGAGCCCUGGGUGGAGCUGGUCCUCGCGGGGGCCAGACAUCUCCAAGCUUCAGUCUGACGUACCAGGUCGUGGUUUGAUUUGUGCCUUGUGCCUUCACCGGGCCAGCUGAAAUCACUGUGUUUAUACACCCUGUGGUUUGUUUCUCUCUCACUUUAGCUUACAGAGAAUUUUGUUCGCUGUGGAAAUGUCAGUCUUUAAUGUUUUCGGUAUUAGCUGGUGUUUUUGUGAAAUGAGUAAUCUCUUCCUGCGUGCUCUGCCUUGAGAAUAUAGCCCAUGUCACAGGUAUUUAAUAAAUGCCGUAUAUUUUGUUCUACUGGUGUUAUCCCUGUGUUUCAUCCAUGGCCGUG